UAAUAUCUUCUAGCAAAUUAUAUGUGUGAAUUAAGUAAAGAACUUAUAUGUAUAUAAAAUAUAUACAUGUGUAUGUUUUAAAAUUUUAUUGUUUAAAAAUAAAUAUACAAUUACAAAUAAUUAUUAAUUUUAUAUAUAAAUAUAAAUAAGUAUAUUCCAAUUCUUCGAGUGCUUUAUAUUUUUAUAUAUUUGAAUUAGUAGUGGAUUCAUUAAAGAUCAAAGAUUCAUUGCUUAGUGACCUUUAUAUCUAUUAACAUAAUGUUAACCUUUGCCUGCAAUGAAAAGCAAUCAGUUGAUACAUAUUCAUAAAGUCAUUUUUUAAUUCAACUUUACGAAAUUGCAAUAAUAGUUUCAUUAAUUUAGUUGGUAGCGCAUAUUUUUGCGCUUUGAAAGAAAAAUUUCUAUUUCGAUCAGAUAUUCUUAUUAAUAUUGAAUGACAAUAUGUACGUGUUUGAGAUAUUAAAAAACUUAUUUCUAAACUUAUUUACUUUCAUACCAUAAAUAUUUUGCUCAUAUUCACUUUUAAUGUGUUUUUGUGUUACUGCCAUUGACAAUUAUGUUAUUCCGAAAAUGUUUUUUUGGCAGAUUAUUCAACAUAUUCAGAUUAUAAAUUAACUAUAUUCUAUUGUAAUUAUUAUCGUGAAAUAUGGAUAACGUGACAGGAAUAAUACAUGCCAUGUAUAGAGGAUUUGUGGAUAGUUUGAGAGGAGCUAUUGUCUUAUUUUAUAUGGACAAACGAAUUAAUGAAAAAUUAUCUAAACCACUCUUAAAUAAAACAGAAAAUCAUGGAAAAGACAUAGCAGUCAUACCUCAUCCUCCAAAACAUUUUAAUCACUUAAGAGAAUCAAAAGUGUUAAAAAGAACAAUUCAAUGUUGUGCUUUAAAUGGUGGUGUAUUUUGGGCCAGCAUAUUAAUUUUUGAAUGUGGUUUACUUCCAUUUCUCAAGUACUUAUUGACCAUUAUAUUUGGUCAUUCACCGGGUAUGGGUAUGACUGUGUGGUCUUGGAUGAAACCAUUUCUGUCAUUAACUUUUGGCACUGUAUGGGUACUACCACUAUUUGUGCUCAGUAGGAUAGUCAACAGUUUAUGGUUUCAGGACAUAGCGGACAGUGCUUAUAGGUAUAGACAAGGACGGCCAUUACUUUUAUCUAGUGUGAGCAAGCUCGUAGCAGACACGCUUUUCAGUAUAUUGGUUCAAGCAUUAUUUUUGGGUCAAGGAAUGUUGGUAUCCAGGAUUCCAUUACCUCUUAUAGGUGACAUUCUUGCCCUUAUACAUAUGUGCCUUUUAUAUGCUCUCUAUGCUUUUGAAUACAAAUGGUUCAAUAUGGGUUGGGAGCUACAUAGACGAUUAAGUUUUAUUGAAAGUAAUUGGCCAUAUUUUGUGGGUUUUGGUCUGCCAUUAGCAGUACUUACCCAACUGCCCAGUUCAUAUGUAAUAAGUGGCUGUGUUUUUUCUAUAUUGUUCCCGUUAUUUAUUGUAAGUGGAAAUGAAGCAGUACCUGUGACUGGAGUAUGUGAUUGUCCAUUAAAAUUAUUUUCACCGGUAAUUGCUAUUGCAAAUACUCUUUUCAAUAAAACAAUUGGACCAACGAAUAGACGGUGACAUGAAAGAACAUAAACAAAUUUUUUUAAAAUAACUAAAUAUAUAGCAAUAAACCGUCUUUUCAGGUUUUCAUAUAAAUUUUAUUAAUUUUGAUGAAGUAUAUGCUUAAUUAAUUUUCUUGUGUUAACUUUUAUAUAAUCAAAUUGAAAAGAAAAGUUUUCAUUUUAUUCAUUUUCUAUAAUAAUAUAAUUGAAAUUUAAGACAUAACUUAUGUUUUAAUAGUGAUAUUUAUAAAAUUAGAUAAAUUCAUAGAUAUCCAAAAAUGAAUUAUAAUAAAGAAUAGUAUUUGUAAAUGCAUUAUAUCUAAGUAAAAGUUAUUGAAGAUACA